UCUUUGACUGUACAAAUGCGGGACUCUAUUUAUGUUAUUGGGACGAGUAUGUUGAGUUGACAUAUCCUUUUUUGAAAUAGGGAGACGAUAAUCUGAUAUUAUAUAUUUAUAUAUAUAUACAAUACCCUGGCGAAUUCUUGCUAUUAUAUCAGUCUUUUAAAAAAGUAAACACAGCACUGUUUUAAUACAACAUGCGUGUUAUCAUCAAUCGUCCCGAGAACGAUCUCCCCUUGGAGUUUGACGUUGCCCAGGAUUGCAAUGUAUCUGCAUUGAAGUCCAAGAUUAAUGAGCGCUCAGGUGUGCCAUUCGAUGCGCAGCACAUCAAGUUCGAAGGCCGCGAACUAAAGAAUAAGCAGGAGUUGCAGUAUAUUGCUGGUCAGUUGGUGACCACGCAGCCUGGUUCGGUCAGCACAUCGCCUGACAGUGGUUCUGAUGUUUCCGAUGUUGAAGGUACCGCCUCCGCUAAGAAUAGUCUAUCGCUCAGUCUCACAUACGAACUUGAAGGAUCAUCGUGCUUUGAGUGCUGUGGCAUUUUCUGUGUGUGCAAGCCUUGUCAGUGCUACUUCAGAACGUGCUGUUUCAAUUCGGGAUGUGAUCUGGAGUUUAACCAGUGCCAGGCCUUCUGCUGGAAAUGUUUCUUCUGCCCGACUGACAACCAGAAAGUCGAAGCAGAGAUGUGAACCAACUCAUAGGGAGGCUACGUAGGUUAUCCAGUCGAAACAGCGUAUUGUAAUGGUUAGUAUGCGGCGAGUAUGUAAAUCGCAUCCGAAUUACUAACUGUAGUAAGGUAUUCUAUUGGAUGUAAAAACCUACCAUACUUUCAACAAGGUAUGAAGAGCGAUGCUAAAUAGGCGGACGAGUAUAUCAUGCUUCGUGUGUUCCAUCGCUGGCAACGAGCAGAAUUGGGGAAGGGAGUCUUUUCCCGAAUAUCAUUCAUGUUUUGCCAAGCCGUUUACCAAAUAAAUUUCACGAUCUCCAUUUGUAACCAAAACC